AUGAAUGCAAUAAAUAACCUGUUAUUAAAAUUCCGAAUAUUCCGUCGUCGCCACAAGAUAUCAUUGAUAAUAUCGGUAUUCAUAUCUACAAUUAUCAUAUUUCUUUUCGUGAAUGGACUAUCACUUUCUAGUGCAAUUAGUACAAAUGAGUCGGUAGUGAGUGAUCCACAUCAAUCAGAAAGCAUAUUGACAUACUUGUCGGAAAAAUUGGCCAAAUUUAAUAUAAAUAAAAAGAAAACAGUACCGUUCGCUAAGACAGAUGCUGCAUCACUGAGUGAAUUCAAUAAUAUGAUAACUACUACAUCGAACCAAAAGCUUGAUAAGAUGUUAGACGAAACGAAGUUAAGAUUAAUCCGUGAAUCCUAUAAAAAAAUUGAUCCGAACAAAAACCGUCUACUGGCUGGUCAUGUUUUUUACCAAUCAAUUUUCAAGGUAUUCUACGAAGGAAAACCAAAGGUUGAAAAGUUGGAUAGGUAUCUCUCUGAAGAACGAAUUCCUCGUAGUAGAUAUACCACCGGAACAAAUGAUGAAAUAGUAUUCAAUGAAGAGUAUUUAUCGAAAUUCUUACAACUCGAUCAAGAGGAGUUGGAUUCAAUGACUGAGUCUCAUAAAUAUGUGGUUGAAAACUUGCCUGAAAAAGCCCCUGGAGGAUUAUAUUCAGGUAGUGGAAUUGUUUAUGUUGGUGGUGGUAAAUUCAAUUGGUUGACAUUAUUGUCAAUUAAAUCUAUCCGAGCUAUGGGUUCAGACUUGCCAAUCGAGGUUUUGAUACCCACUUUGGAUGAAUACGAACCUGAAUUAUGUGCACGAGUAUUCCCGGCUCUUAAUGCUCGGUGUAUAUAUCUUCCAUAUGCCUUGGAUGAUCAGAAAGAAGACAGUUUUAUUUCAAAGUUUACCUUCAAGGGUUAUCAGUAUAAAGCUUUAGCAAUUUUAUUGCUGAGCUUUGAAAAUGUCUUGUUAUUAGAUAGUGACAAUGUUCCUGUACGUCACCCAGAUAAUCUUUUUGAAGACGAAUCUUUCAAGUCCAACGGAUUGAUUGUUUGGCCGGAUUUCUGGAAGAGAACAACAUCGCCCAGUUAUUAUAAAAUUGCUGGUAUAAACCUCAGCAAUAAAAAGCUAUACGAUAGAUAUAAUGCUGAAACUGGAGCAUAUGAAAAGCUAGAUGAUGGUAUUAAAGAAUUAGACGUGAAGGAUCUACCAUUGCAUUUAAGAGAAGGCGCCAUUCCUGAUCCUAGCUCAGAAUCAGGCCAGUUAAUGAUUUCGAAAAAGACCCAUAUUAGGCCGCUCUUAUUAGCAUUAUAUUAUAACUUAUUUGGGCCAACCCACUUUUAUCCUCUCUUCUCGCAAGGGUCUCCAGGUGAAGGAGACAAAGAAACAUUCAUUGCUGCCACUGUAGCAUUGAAAAAGCCAUUCCAUCAAGUUGCACACUUUUUAAAUGCUCUUGGAUAUAUGAAGCCUACAGGCUUCGAAGGAACUGGUAUGGGACAAUUUGAUCCAAUUGAAGAUUACCAUGUAAGUAAGAAAAGAAAACUUCUCGAAAAUAAAUCCGAAAAAGAACGACAGGAGAUCAUUGAAAACGAUCCAUUAUUAAAAAAUGGAGCACGGAUUCUAUUUGUUCAUGCGAAUUACCCUAAGCUAGACCCGUGGGAAUUGAAAGUCUCUGGUAAAAUUUUUGAUGAAAAUGGGAACAGGUUAAGAUUGUACGGAACAGGUGUCAGAAUAAAAUUAGGACACGAUUUCGAGACAGUUCAAUGGACAAACAUGAAGACUUUGCUUUGUGAAUUGAAUAUUCAAGUUGGUAUCUUCAAAGAUGUUGAUAGGGUUGAGCUAUGCCAAGAAAUCAAUGAUCAUUUGGACUUCCUUAAAUCAACAAUAUCUACAUUAGAAUAG